GGGAUGACUUCUCCAUCAUCCAGCAGGAGAUCUUCAUGGUGAAGGAAUGCAUGCACCACAACAUAGUGGCCUACUUCGGGAGCUACCUCUGCCGCGACAAGCUGUGGAUCUGUAUGGAGCACUGUGGGGGAGGAUCUCUACAGGACAUAUAUCAUGUGACGGGUCCCCUAUCAGAGCUGCAGAUCGCCUACGUCUGCAGAGAGACCAUACAGGGUUUGGGAUAUCUACACUCCAAGGGGAAAAUGCACCGUGACAUCAAGGGUGCUAAUAUCCUCCUAACAGACAACGGGGAUGUGAAACUAGCUGAUUUUGGAGUAGCAGCCAAAAUAACAGCCACCAUUGCCAAGAGGAAGUCCUUCAUCGGGACUCCUUAUUGGAUGGCCCCAGAGGUAGCAGCAGUAGAGAAGAACGGAGGUUACAACCAGCUGUGUGACAUCUGGGCCGUGGGCAUCACCUCCAUAGAACUGGCCGAGCUGCAGCCUCCUAUGUUUGAUCUGCACCCAAUGAGGGCUUUGUUUCUCAUGUCAAAGAGCAGCUUUCAGCCUCCCAAGCUAAAACACAAAACUAAGUGGACCACAGCCUUCCAUAACUUUGUUAAAGUCUCGCUGACCAAGAACCCGAAGAAGAGACCGACAGCUGAGAAGCUCUUAACG